CCUCCGAGGGCGGGCCGGUUGACGGCGGCCGGCCGGAAGCGGGAGGCGGGAGCAGAGCUCGCUCCUGCUGUGUUCUGGAGCUGCGGCCGCGUUCCGUGCUGCUGCUGCUGCGCUGCACGCUUACCACAGUUAGCUGGUCCAGCGCGGUGCUGCCCGCGUCCAGGCCUCGCUAGCGUCUUCAUCCACCGCACCGAUUCUUCCGGCGCCCUCCCACCGCGACUGCCCAGAUGGCUCUGUGCAACGGGGAUUCCAAGCCAGAGAAUGCUGGAGGAGACCUCAAGGAUGGCUGUCAGCACUAUGAAGGGGCUGUUGUCAUUCUGGACGCUGGGGCUCAGUAUGGGAAGAUCAUUGACCGGAGAGUGCGGGAGCUCUUUGUACAGUCUGAAAUCUUCCCCUUGGAAACACCAGCCUUCGCCAUAAAGGAACAAGGAUUUCGGGCUAUCAUCAUAUCUGGAGGACCUAAUUCUGUGUAUGCAGAGGAUGCUCCCUGGUUUGAUCCAGCAAUAUUUACCAUUGGCAAGCCUGUUCUUGGAAUUUGCUAUGGCAUGCAGAUGAUGAAUAAGGUUUUUGGAGGCACUGUACAUAAAAAAAGUGUUAGAGAAGAUGGAGUUUUCAAUAUUACUAUGGAUAAUACGUGCUCAAUAUUCAGGGGCCUUCAGAAGGAAGAAAUUGUUUUACUUACACAUGGAGACAGUGUAGAUAAAGUAGCUGAUGGAUUCAAGGUUGUAGCACGUUCUGGGAACAUCGUGGCAGGUAUAGCCAAUGAAUCUAAAAAGCUAUAUGGUGUACAGUUUCAUCCUGAAGUUGGCCUUACAGAAAAUGGGAAAGUAAUACUGAAGAAUUUCCUGUAUGACGUAGCUGGAUGCAGUGGGACCUUUACUGUGCAGAACCGAGAAAUUGAAUGCAUUCGAGAGAUCAAAGAGAGAGUAGGCACAUCGAAAGUAUUGGUUUUACUUAGUGGUGGUGUAGAUUCAACUGUUUGUACAGCUUUGCUGAAUCGUGCUUUGAACCAAGAUCAAGUUAUUGCUGUGCACAUUGAUAAUGGCUUUAUGAGAAAACGAGAAAGCCAGUCUGUUGAAGAGGCCCUCAAAAAGCUUGGAAUUCAGGUUAAAGUGAUAAAUGCUGCUCAUUCUUUCUACAAUGGAACAACUACUCUGCCAAUCUCAGAUGAAGACAGGACCCCACGAAAAAGAAUUAGCAAAACAUUAAAUAUGACUACAAGUCCUGAAGAGAAAAGAAAAAUCAUUGGUGAUACUUUUGUUAAGAUUGCCAAUGAAGUAAUUGGAGAAAUGAGUUUGAAGCCAGAGGAAGUUUUCCUUGCCCAGGGCACUCUACGGCCUGAUCUGAUCGAGAGUGCGUCCCUUGUUGCUAGUGGCAAAGCUGAGCUCAUCAAAACCCACCACAAUGACACGGAGCUUAUCAGAAAGUUGAGGGAAGAGGGAAAAGUAAUAGAACCUCUGAAAGAUUUUCAUAAAGAUGAAGUGAGGAUUUUAGGCAGAGAGCUUGACUUGCCAGAAGAAUUGGUCUCUAGGCAUCCUUUUCCAGGUCCUGGCCUGGCAAUCAGAGUAAUAUGUGCUGAAGAACCUUAUAUUUGUAAAGAUUUUCCUGAAACCAACAAUAUUUUGAAAAUAGUAGCUGAUUUUUCUGCAAGUGUUAAGAAGCCUCAUACACUAUUACAAAGAGUCAAAGCCUGCACGACAGAAGAGGACCAGGAGAAGCUAAUGCAAAUUACAAGUUUGCAUUCAUUGAAUGCUUUCUUGCUGCCAAUUAAAACAGUGGGUGUGCAGGGUGACUGUCGUUCCUACAGUUACGUGUGUGGAAUUUCCAGUAAAGAUGAACCUGACUGGGAAUCUCUUAUGUUCCUUGCCAAACUUAUACCCCGAAUGUGUCAUAACAUUAACAGAGUUGUCUAUGUCUUUGGCCCACCAGUUAAAGAACCUCCUACAGAUGUCACUCCCACGUUCUUGACAACAGGGGUACUCAGUACUUUACGCCAAGCUGACUUUGAGGCCCAUAACAUUCUCAGGGAGUCUGGGUAUGCUGGAAAAAUCAGCCAGAUGCCAGUGAUUUUGACCCCACUACAUUUCGAUCGAGAUCCACUUCAGAAGCAGCCUUCAUGCCAGAGAUCUGUGGUUAUUCGAACCUUUAUUACUAGUGACUUCAUGACUGGCAUACCUGCAACACCUGGCAAUGAGAUUCCUGUCGAGGUGGUGCUAAAGAUGGUCACUGAGAUAAAGAAGAUUCCUGGAAUUUCUAGAAUUAUGUAUGACCUAACGUCAAAGCCCCCGGGAACCACUGAGUGGGAGUAAUAAAUGUGUUAUGUUGAAGAAGUGUGUGCAGUUGAGGCUCAUUAGAAACCACUUGUUAAUGACAUGCAGUGCUGUGAACAAUGUUGCUGAAGCAGCUCCUUCAUAUCUGAGUUCUCACAGCAGGGAUACACGGCUUAAGUGUGGAGUGGGACAAGAUGAAAGGGAAUGAAGAGUCUGUAUGUGUGGGUCAAUAAUCAAGGCACCAUUGCACCUGCAGACAGAUUGCUCUUGCUUUUGCCUCAUUCUCUUAUGUAUGAACUCUUGAUGUCUGUCUAUGGCGAUAGGUGACUGGCUUCUGUCUGCUUGCUAUUAGAAACAUCCUUUAAUUACCAGUAUGGCUUACUAUGUGUGCCUUUUGGAGAAUCCGAAUUUUCCUGUAAGUAAUUUUAUUUCUCCAAAGGGCGAGGAAGAGCUGUACAUACCAUAGAAAGGAAUAAGAAAGCUGUUUAGACACUUAGGCAGGGAAGUAGGGACGUAAAAUGUGAGAUUCUUCAACGUUGUAGAACACCAGGAAUUUAUUAUGGAAGUACUUAGAGUGUGACUAUGAUGUCACAGCCAUGGCAGGAAGGAACUGAGUGCUGUCAGCCUUUCAAUCCAUGUUUCAUACAGAUGCCAUGCUUUUCACUUUUGUCUUGUUAAUAAUCCUCCCAGCCUUGUGUCACUAGCUCCAGCAGCUGUGUAGAGAGAGUUCUUACUCUCCCCAAAAGAGGCUGUCUCAGAAAAGGUUAAGAUGAGGUGUGUUCUUUCUGUUUGCCUGGUCAGAGGACUAGGUCACAGAAGCCAUGAUCCUUCCCCACCACAUCUAAGUGGGAGAGGAAAUAGUUCUGUUAUUUAGGAAAGAGCUGUAAACGACACCUAGGUCUGAUGUGUAGACAGGCUUAGUGCUUCCUACGCAGAAGUCUCAAAUGAUGUCAAGUAUUUGCCAGCCCAUAUUCUGCAAGUUCAAGGCCAGUGCAGGACUUGGUGCCAUUGCCAACAGUUCCUUACAGGUUCUUUACGACAGUCAUGCAAGCCUGGGAAAGGCAGUAAAAAAGAGUUAAAUUCUAAAAUAUUACCAUGUUUUUCUCACCCGCUUCUACCUCAGGUUGCUGUCUGUUGCCUAGAACCAAUUUCUAUAUGGGAUUCAGUGUUAAAACAAAAGGAUAUAUAGCAGAAAUCAUUUUUCCUGGCUAGUCCAGAGGAUAGCCAGAAACUACUGAACCAAGAGGGAAAGACACGCAGACCUGAACAGACAAUUUCCUUCUACAGAAGGUUAAGUGUUCAUUGUCUGUCCUGGUGAGGAUGCUCUCCUGACUGACUUCUAAAAGGAGGAUUUGAUAGAUUUAAGCAGAUUGAAAGUUGUAUUAUUUCUGAAUGGGAACUAACCCAUAUAAAAUGCUUACCAAGGUGUCAGUACAUGUUUGAAACAUGAAAACCCUUCCUGUUGUAGCAAAAAUGUUUGUGGUAUAAACAGCAGGAAUUGGGAAGAAUAUAUGAAUGUUCUUUCCCUGAGGUCUGUUUUGUGGCUUAGUGUUUAUUGCCACACUCUGUAAAACUGGUCAGGUGGUUAUAUACAUUUAGAAGUGCUGCUUAUUUUUAGUCUGCAUUCUGGACAUUGGUGGUGAGUAUGAUCCUCAAAUCUCAGACCUAUUGGAAUUAAAAAUGUAUUUAGUGUUUUUCUAAUGCAUUCUCUUAAAUGUCUUUUUAUGUAAUCCUUACUCUGGAAAAAAUAAUUUCUUCAAAACAUACCUGCACAUGACAUAGAAACUUUCUGGGAUUGAGAGAUUAUUUUCAUCUUACUAUCUUCUUGUGUGGUCAUUUUUGCCUUGUACUGUAUAGCUUUCUUGAUAAUGUCAUAGUAGUUCAUCUGAGCUGCUUAAAAUCUUACAGUCAAGGAGACAGACUCAUCUUGGAAAUGGUUACCAGUGACUUUAAGAACCAACUGCCAGGUUUUGUGUAUUCCAGCCCUCAAAUCAUAUGACCAUUACAGGUGGUUUAUUGUUUGCUUAGACUUUGUUCAUAGUAACAGUUAUCACUUGAUAGCGUGGGCUGUUUUGUCAUAUUCCAUUUCUCACUUGGGACACUUCUCUACGUAAUUGUAUUUUGUUUUGUUAUAUUCCAUUUCUUACUUGGGACACUUCUCUACAUAAUUGUAUUUUGUUUCUUUGUAAGUAUUAGAGGAAGUGAGAUCAGUGAAAAUUUAAUAUAUUCCAAAAUUGGCAGACAGGAAAUUUCAAGAACCAAGUAAAUAAAUCCUAGCCCUGUCUUAAUGGACCUGUUAGUGAUGGUCAGUUCUGCUGGAUAUUAUAGCCUGACGUAAUUUUGAAGACAAGUUUUUAGAUGUAUCUCAGUGACAGGAUUGCAGUGUUUUCUCUCCACCUUAGAGUAACUGCAUGCAACCAUAAAUCAUAAAAGUUGAUUUCCUUGCUCUGUUUGGAUUUAGCUAUUGAUGGCCAGUUUCAGUGAAUAACUGAAUUCUACUUUAUAUAGAAAAUAAGGAUAUUCAAGUGAAAUAGGCAACACUGUCCAUCUUGCUUUCUCGCCUUGCUGUUAAGUAGAUGGGUGGACCUGGACAAGUCACGUUCAAUCCAUUGACCUCAUCUUAGGAAGUUCCAACAUCAAACCCAACCCUGAGUAGUCAUUCUUACUCUCCUUGAGACAGAAUUUAUGUAGCCCAGUCUCAGGUUCAUUAUAUAUUAGAGGAUGGCCUUGAACAUCUCACCUGCCUCCACCUCCCUAGUGCUGGAAUUAGAGCUAUGUACUCCUGUGUCCAGUUUAUGCUGGUGAUUGAACUCAGAUCCAUGUGUAUGCUUGGUAAAUACACUACCAACUGAGCCACAUACUUAGGUGCAUUUUUAGUUAUAAACAAGAAAAUUUGUAACAGGAGACAGUGGAGAAGCUGGAUAGUUCUUACACUUCUUUUAAAACAUUAAACACAAACCCACAUUCACCCGCCACCACUGACAGCUAAAGAACAUAUAUACCAUCAAGAUUUGGUCGUGUCAGAUUCCUGAAAAUGCUCAUUACAGUGCGUGUGGACCAGGCUUUCUACUAUGUUCUUAGAAGAGCUGCCAGAGUAUGUUUCAGCUUUGACAACAAAUACUAGACAUAACUAUUAGCUUUUGGCUGAGCAGAAGCUGGAAUUCAGACUUUCUGAUUCUGUAUUGAAGAGGUAGACUCUAUCUCUGUACAACUAAUCUGAUAAAUUACUGUCACAGUAUCGUCUCUCAAGGAGUUCUCAAGGAGAACGUCCCAUUGCCUUUCAGAAAUGUUCCCAUUUCUGACAUUUCUCACUCCCAGUGUUCUGACUGCCUCUCUUGCACGGACCCCCCCCCCCCCCCACACACACACACACUCUGUCUUUUCUCUGAGAAUCUUCAGCAUGCUGUUGGAAAGGCAAGCCUAAAUGGUUACUCCAAUGGUAUGUACCACUUUAAUUGCCCCAAGUCUAGAUAUAACUGGAAACUGAGUACAGGUGAGGUGUUUUUGACUUGGGAAUUCUCUCUUGUCUUGAUUGAAGUAGCUGUACCAGAUGGCAGAGGAAAACUUGUCACAUGAGGCUUUCACCGCAUUAGUGGCUUUAUGAACAUUUAACAGCUAGAUGAGUCCCAGAGUGUCAGGAUGCGACCUUUCAACAGUAGACAUGCUGUAUACAGAAGUCACAUCCCAUGGAAACCUUAACCUUACUUAAGUGGAUCCCAAUUGUGGUUGCUGUUGCCUGAGGAAUUAAAAAAAAAAAAACAGACAAAACUCAGAUGUGACUAAAUUAGAGUUGAAUGGGGAUGGUACUCACCUCCAGUUUUAAGUUUCUCAAUGGGAAGAAGUUAGAGUUUAAGUCCUACUCAAACAGGUGAGGAAUGAAGCCUGGAGAGUUUUGCUGAGAUCCACCUUAACUAAGUUCUGAUCAUGGGGCCACAUUUUUUUGGAUCUGAUUGCAUCUAUGCUCCAAAAGUCAGCGUACCAGCCUGUGUAGGGAAUCUGUCAGUCAACUGACGUCUUCACCCAUGUGAGAGUCGAACAACUGCAUGGACUCACCCUCUUUCUUCCUUUUAAUUUUUCUUGACAAGAAGCUAUCUACCCUGUGUUGUCACAGUCUCAGUUCCAAGACUCCUUUUUCAUGAACUAAGACUAAGCUAUUCCUGUACCAGCUGAAGAAGCUUUAGGAGUGUGCCUUGUGAUUAGCUGUUAGAACUAGAGAUGCCUUCUCAAUUAGAGUCGUUUAACGGGCACCAUUGUAACUUAUCUAAGGUCUUUAUUUCCUGUAAAACUUGUGGCAGCUUUGGGCCUUGUUUAUAGUAAAGUCACAAGACUUUAGAAAGGAUGGUUAUUUCUUUCAUAUGUUACAUUCAGAAGCACCAAAAUUAGUUGAGAAACCUGAACCUUGAGUAAUCUAGUAGAGUCACAUACCUUAAGUUAGUUUUGUCUUGACAAUGACUGUGUUGACUAUUACAACCUUGACAUUCAGAUGAAAUGAAUGUAAACAUCCUCUGAACAUAUUUUUAUAAAGCACUAUUUUGUUAAUUGAAAUGAAUAGUAUAGUUUUUGUGAAUCACUAUGUAAUUGUUAGUGACAUGCCAUGUCUUUUAUGUUGCAGUGAUUUGGCUAUAAAAUUGAUUUGCUAAAUUAGUGUGAGAUGACUAAAAUUUCUUUGGUCUUCAGUGAAGUUCAUAAAGGAGGAAAUGAUGAUUUCAUAAUUUGUCACUAAGCCUUGGUGUUUAUAAAAAUGGGAAGCAAGAACAAAGAGAACAGGACAUGUUCAGGUUGUCAAGAAACUGCAUAUAUUAUCAGGGGUUCUGGACAAGAAACUUAAUCAACUUCCCUAAGGUGUGUAGGGAUAUAUCAACAUCUUGUCCAGUGUUAACAGUGGACAGAAUUCUUUGGGUAGCUUUUUAGUUAAAUGAGCGGCUAAAGAUGUAUAUAUGCAUGUGUGCUUUUAAAAUUAGCCACAAAUAUGGCAUUCUGAAUAUUCAUCUUAUGUAAGUCUUUAGUUUCUCAAAAUACAGAUUAGCCUUACUAGUCUGUGUAUUUUGUAGUGCUUGGAGUCACACCCAGUGUGUUUGGCUCAGUAUACAAGCAUUUGUCCACAGAGCUACAUCACCAGUACUGUGUUCUUUACUUGUCCGAACUGUGUUACAAGCGGUACAAACCCAUAUCCUGUUAGAGAUUAGAGGAAAUCAUGGGCAAUAACCAUGAGCUCAUGCUUGCCGCCAGCCACAGGGCUCUGCUUUGUUAGUGCUCCAGUUAGUGACCUAAUAUGGCCUCCUGUUGUCUCAGAAAAUUAGUAAGUUCAACUAUAUUUUGGGAAGUUUUACAAUUUUACUGCAGCUUAAAAUGAGAAAUGUUUCUGAGUUUAAAUUUGAAAAUUUUAUAAAUUAAAAUUGUCAUUCUCCAUUUAAAAAAUACUGUGCUUAGCAUCAGGGGUAAGUUUUUGGUUCAUUUUGUAAAUUACUUGUGACCUAUAUUAAAGAGUGUUUGUAGAUUAGGUCCUAAGAAGAAUCCAGCGAUCCUAAUCUAUCCUUGAUAGUAUGUUAAAUCUUUUGAGUACUGUGCCUGUGUUCUAACACAUCACUGCCAACUUGUUCUUUAAAUUAAACGUCAGUGAAAACCAUUUAAAACCCCACUUAAUGUGGCUAUGUAAAAUGGUAGGAAACCAGGAGCCCCAUGUCAUGGUGUCUUUGUCUAAUUACAUUACAAUGAUUGUCAUUCACUCUAAGAAAAAUGUUUGUGGAAUAAAAAAGUGCAAGAAAUU